GGGCGGGGCUUCAGCCGGGAGGGAGGGAAGAAAAAGGAAAAGAAAGGGAGUGGAGCUGGUGUCUACGGUGGCUGAAGAGGGACGUGCCGAGCCGGAGGCUGCAGGAUGAUGCGAUUCAUGCUGCUGUUCAGCCGGCAGGGAAAGCUGCGGCUGCAAAAAUGGUACCUGGCCACAUCAGACAAGGAGCGGAAGAAGAUGGUUCGGGAGCUUAUGCAGGUCGUUCUGGCUCGCAAGCCCAAGAUGUGCAGCUUUCUGGAGUGGAGGGACCUCAAAGUUGUUUAUAAGAGAUAUGCCAGCCUCUACUUCUGCUGCGCCAUCGAGGGCCAAGACAACGAGCUCAUCACUUUGGAGCUGAUCCACCGAUAUGUGGAGCUUCUGGACAAAUACUUUGGCAGUGUGUGUGAGCUGGACAUCAUCUUCAACUUUGAGAAGGCCUACUUCAUCCUGGAUGAGUUUUUAAUGGGAGGGGAUGUCCAGGACACCUCCAAGAAGAGUGUUCUGAAGGCUAUCGAGCAGGCUGACCUGCUUCAAGAGGAGGAUGAGUCGCCGCGCAGCGUGCUGGAGGAGAUGGGCCUGGCAUAGCCCCCGCCAGCUGGGCCCUGCGGAGCCGGGAGCGAGGCAGGGCGUGGUGGCUGCUUCUCCUGGGUCCCUCCGUGGGACCCGACCUGGAUCCCCCUCCUUGGCCACCUCACCUUCUUUAGAAGGAGCCGUGGGCUCUGGCCCUGCAGACAUUCCCUCCUUCCACCCCCACCUUUCCCACCAAAAGCUUUAGGAACCAAGAGGCAGAAAAACAUGACCAAGACGGGGGUGCUAUUUGGCUUUUAUUCCCUGCCUUUGAAGAACCAAUGUGACCCCAGGCAUCCUCCCUCCCUUACCACUGUAAAUAUAUAAAUAUGUCAGGUUAAAGGGAAAAGGUUUUCAGGGCUCUUCUCCCCCCCCUGCUCCCCGCCCCCAAACCUACCUCUUCCCCUCCCCCUAGCCAGCCAGGGCAGCUUCAUUGCCUGGGGGGGGCCUUUUCCCUCAUCGUCCCACUUCCUCCUUGGCUGCAGUGUGGCCUCUGUCCAGUGCCAGGGCAGAAACAACAUAGUUAAUUUUUUUCUAACCUUGCCACUUUGAGGGAUGGGUUGGGGGAAGGGCAGGCUUUCUGAGGCACUGGUCCUGUCCCUCCUUUACCCCACGUCUUGGGUGAGGCAGGAGCUAAGGGGCAGGGUGGCCCAAAUGUCUGCCUUUAUUUCCUUUCUUCUGAAAUAAAAGGAAAGUGUUUCUUGGA